AUGCUCCUGCUCCUUCUGGGUCUGCUCGCUCCUUUCGGCUUUGGUUUAGACCCAUUCUUGAUCCAUCUAAUCGAUUAAUCAUGAUUUAGCUGGGAAGCCCACGAAGUCUUGUGCUUGGAAUGGAACUGUCGCGGCGUUAGAGGACAACUGCACUCUGGUUACCGGAAAUGACAUCAUUCUAGGUGCUGAAAACGCCUCGGUACACCAUCGAGUCUCAACUUAAGAAAUUUCUGGCUAACAGAUCCUUUACUCAAAGCUCGCCUACGUGGAAAGUAUUAGCGGAUGCGUACAGAUAACUCAAUCCAACUAUGAAAGAUUGGAUUUCUUCGCCAGACUCCGAUCAGUUUCUUGCACCCAAACCGGUUAGUUCAAUUUUCGAUUACUUCAAAUCUUGUAAUCAGGUUUUUUUUUUUUACUUUCUCGAAAAGCUUUUAAAAUUUUUAUCAUGAGAGAUCAUAACUUAUUUUCCCUUGUGGAGGGAAUUUCAAAGUCAGACCUCAAUUUUAACAUAACCUAAGUAAAUGCGACCUGCGAAAAGUUUUUUCUUGAAAAAAAUAAAAGUUAUGUAGACUCUUAAUUUAUCUUGAACACGCUUUGUUCUAGAUUCUUAUGUUUUUGAAUAUUAUUCAGGGAUAGUUUGUCACGCAAACGAUCGCGUUACUUCAUAACUUUUUUUUUUCAAACUCCAUUUUGGUGGUUGUGACAAAAAAACUUUUUUUGAGAGUUUUUUUACUUCCUCAAAUAUUUCCAUUACUAGAUAAUUAAAAUUUUUAUACGAAAGCUUCUUUUUGUGUAAUUCAACCCUGUGAAAAAAAUGUUCAGGAAACACAAUCGAUUUGAACAUAGUUAACAACACGGCUCUGAAGCGUCUUGGAAUGCCCGUUUUGAGGUGAUAAUGUGACUUUUUGAUGAAAACUAGUUCAUUUUCAAUCCAGAGUGAACCGCCUGGCUCUGAUGAGCAAUCCUCAGCUCUGCAUGACUCCGGAAGAGCAGCAGCGCUAUACCUACGUACAACGAGGCCCUGGCGAUAACGCAACCGUGUGCUUGGGACAAAAUGGUUGACUCAUUCAGAAAAAAACUUUAUCACUUCCUCAAGUUGAUUAGUUUUGAUACGGUGCUUUCACUUGAAGUUAUUCAAAAUUCAAUAGAAAAACCUGCGCAGAACCAAGUUAGAAAUUGCUCUAUGAGAUUUUGAUUGCUCAUUUUCCCGCGCCGAAAAAAAUAUUCGUUGCUAGGAUAUAUCUAAUUGGUUGGCUUUUUACUUUCAGUUCAUUACUGCUUGACUCAUCCAGCCUUAUAUUUUGUUUUUCUUUUUUCUAAUUAGAUAAUGAGGAGGUAGAUCUUUCAUUUAUCCAGCAUCAUUAGAAACUAAUGAAACUAAAAGUCGGCUGAUUCACUCCUCGCCUUUCCGUUGAAGAAAUUUGAUCACUUAAAGUUUCUUUAAGUUAACUUUUGGAACAAAUUUUAGAGAUAGAGUGUGCUUUUCAGAGGCCUGAAAGACAGAAAACAGAACUCAAACAAGAGUUCAGUCAAGAAGUUCAGGACCGAUCCACGAGUGCAGCUCCCAACAGUCUCAGGCAAACGCGGGUCUUGGCGACGACUGCGAGAUCAUUUUGGGCUCUCUUUUCAUCGACGGAACCUCCAACCAAAACAUCACCAACAAGCUUCAGUACAUCCGUGAAGUUAAUGGAAGACUUUACAUCCGGAACACUGAUUUGUCGGCGCUGAGCAUGCCUUUGUUGGAAAAAAUUUACGCCGCAGAAGCAGUUUCCACGAUGAGUAAGUUGUGUAGCCGGUACAUGCAAGAAAGGAAAUUUUGAUUUUGUUGAUAUUUUUUCUCACACUUAGGAAGUCAUUAAAAUAUGAUCACUAAAGGGCAGAUAGGGACAGAAAAAGUUAAAGUGGCCUGACUGCUCCAAGUAAAUACCUGUGAAAACUGGUUCUCAAGCUAGUCUCAAUUUUCAAACUUUCACGAUCUUCUAGCCAAUGAUCCGGCUAUCAUCGUGAACGGAAACGCCAACUUCACCAAGCUCGACCUUCCCAAGCUCAACUUCAUCUCGAAGUCGGAACAGACUCUAGUAGGAGACAGCUUCUUUAAAAUUGAUCAACCGCUUUGCAACGCAGUAUCAAAGUUCGGACCGGCAUCAAGCAAUGGCACUGUCUGUAGUGAGUUUGAAGAUCAAAACUGAGGAUCUUUUUUAAUGGAGAACCCGACUUGAAAAAAUCAGAGUAUCAAACUGGAAAGUUUUCAGCUCCGAACGCUGCUCCCGUCAGUGCUCCUCUUCUUACAGUUGUCACGCUCCUCACGUUUUUCUCCAUACUUUGAUCGUAUAGAUUAUUUCGACGAAUAAAUUUAUUUUGUGUCGGGAACGCUUAAUAAUAAUAGGUUUAUUCACUGCAUACUGUUAGAAAAUAAUAAAUAAAAUAGUUCAGAAUACGAAAGCAGCAGAAUAACCAAAACGGGAAUUAGUCCACCCUAACGAGUAGACUAUGACCCGGGGAUAGAAAGGAAGUCAGAGCAAACGGGAAGGAAUGGAUUCGAAAAAAAAGCAGAGUUAGGGAGAUCAUUAAGUUUAACCCGUAGCGCAUCCGUAGAGACGUUAAAAAUUUAUUCUAGAGGUAAGUUUAUUCCAUAAUGGAAUAGUUUUUGGAAAAAAAUCUUUAGAGAACUAACCGGAAGUGCGAAGUCGAAGUGGAUUCCUCUGUAAAAGGAGAAAUAGUGAAGAAGUCAUUGCGAUUGAGAAAAUGAUCAGAGCCGCAAAUUAUUUUUAUGAAGAGAAAUAAUGUCGUUAAUACAACGACGUACAAAGAGAGGUUUAAAGCCAAAUUGGCUGAGACGAUCAGAAUAAGAACUGAAGCGAACAUUGCAUCUUAUAAAAACUUUUCUACUGAAUUGGCGUAGAGAAGACUCGAGUUUGAAGCAUUCCUCAGACGAGAUAGAGGGAGAAAAAGAUUUCACUACAAUAUUCGAGAAUAGGCGUCACGUAGGUUUGUAACAUUCUGAGGUAGUGCAGGGGGGAAGAAAACUUAAAGGUAUUUAGUAUUUGAUUAGACCGUAAUGUAGCAAAGGCAGAGAUACGGGAAAUAUGGUCUUUGAAGGAGAGCUUCUCAUCAAUUUGAAGGCCUAGAUCACGAACAAUUGAUCUUUGUGGGAAAAGCUUCAAAUAUCCAGAAACAUAAAAGACCAAAUUUUUUUUAAACCUCACUGAAAUAAAGUUAUCAACUUUCUUCGCAACUAUUGAAGUUUUCCAAAUUACGACAAAAAGGCGCUAUUUCAACUUUGAAGUAUCUUAACUCAAAAACGAGAUCACAGAUCCUAAAGUGCCCUUCAGCACAAGUUUCAUCAAAAAUUCAAACGUUUUAAAAAAAUUUUCCUAGUGAAUAUAAAAUAUUCUUUUAUACCGUGCUCACCGACAAAAUAAUAUGCCACCAGUUAUAAAAACUGCUUCGGAAACAUAUUUUUAUUGGGCCCCGUGAAGUAUGAAACUGCAGAAAUUUUUAUGUGAGAAAGAUAUUUUAAGCAGGAGUUUAAAUGAAAAAAAAAUAAGACAUUCCUUUUAAAAUUAGAGCUUUUCAUGAAAAAGUGGAAAGGAAAAAAAAUCUAAUGACUUAUGAACUUAUCAGGAUAACUAAUAUCCGAAAGUACUUGGAACAAAACUCGCAAUAAAGUCGAUAGAGGCAAAAUUUUCCUAGAAAGCGGUAGCUCACGAAAAAGUCAAUAGAAAAAACGCCCGUUUAUCUUAUUUUUCAAGGACCACAGCAAUGAUUGGAAAAAACUAUAAUGAAGGUUUUUUCUGCUUUUCAAUGAUAAAAGAUGCAAAAUUCGAAGUUCAAGAAGAGACGAUCUACUGAAAACAUUUCUUGCACCUUUUAAAACUUUUGCAAAACUUUCAACAGCUAGUUGGAGUCAGAAUAUUUUGCGUUUCAGUCCGAUUCCGAUCAAUUAUUCGUAUCGUCUGCCUCCAAAUCGUAAACGAGCUUGAACUAGUUGGAUUCACCCAGUCAGAGGUCAGGAUAUCCGACGGUGGGCGUGUGGAACAGACUCGGCUAUACAACCCGGUGACGCCUUUCGACAGCGAGGAGAAGUCGUUGAUAUUCCAAUUUGGCGGUGGCGACGGGGGCAAUGCCCCGACCGGUCUCCAGCCAUCUUCUCGCUUCCUUUUAUCUUCUCGCCGUUUCUCACAAUUGCGCUCUACUACUGUCCUAUGUUUCUUAUUGUUCUACGCUUUAUAUCUUCCUUUUUUUCCUUGUUGAUGUGUCUGAUCAAUUGAACAAGAUCUGAACUCAGAAAUUUUUUACUUGAUUUUCGACUUGAACAUUUUUCUCAUCAUGCCGAUUGUGCAAUAAACUCAAUAGAGCUUUUUCUUGAUGUUAACUUUUUCAAAUCCACUAUUGAAGCUUGUUUUUUUUUUCAACAUUUAUUCAAAAAUGCGUUUCGGGGUAUUCUCAAAAACCCGAAAAAGAUAAAUAAAUUGGAAACAGUCCUCUGCCCUUUGAAACUUUGAAAAUAAUGUAGUUUUUGUGCCUUGAAAAAAAAAUCCUUCGAAAUGCGCAAAAUUUUCAGUAUUGUUCUUACAGAUCACUUUACCGUUUCAAUAAUGAAAAUGACGACAGAAAUUUUCAUGAAAUAUUAUAGAGAAAGCCCGAGACCACGAGAUUGAUCGAUUUUUACCGAAAAAAAUCAAUAACUAGGAGAAUAUUGAGAAAAAAAGACAGUGAAACGGAAAAAAAUUAAACGUUUGAAACUAAAUUUAUAAAUUUAUUGCGCUUUGUAAAAUGUGGUUUUCUUAAUAUUCCACUCUGAAGGAACUUCGAAUUUUUUUUAAAUUUUCGCUCUGAAAUUUUCAUAGAUUCCCUUUUUUCACAUUUUUUCGACAAAAAAAAAUCUCAGAUGUCUUAAUAAGCAUUUCCUUCAAAAAAAAAACAAUUUUCUCGUAAUUCUUCUUACUCUCCUUCUUCUUCUCCGAUCACUUUGUCUCUGCAAGCCUUCGAUCGAUUUACCUGGAGAUGGUCUCUUGACAGCCGUGGGUUGCGCGGCGGCACGGAUUUACAAAGAAAACACGAUGAGACGACGUAGAAACGGCGCCUCGGGCCAAGAAUUGCGGUUUUACCAAGGCAGCGCUCACCUGGUGUGACGACGUCGUCGGCGUGCGACCUAAAAACUCGUUUGCCAAGUUUCGUCGUCGCCGUAUCUUGUUCUUAAUCCUGCCGUACGGCUCUUUUAUCAACAAAUCUGAUGCCGUGCGAAAUUUCCAGCUUUUUUGACAGGAAGUGGAUCACGCAGUGCUUUAUCUUCGCGUUUGCCUUUUUUCGCAACAUUGAACUUCCUUUUUUGCGCGUCACGGAAGCUUUAUGUGUGAAAAAAAGAUGGCUUGUGAAGAGACUUAGUUUGAGAUUCAUGAAGAAGUUGAAGUAAUAAAUAAACUUUAAAUUGGGAAUACUGAGUUUUUUUAUUCAGAUCAUUUUCUUGAAAAUUAAAAUGUCAUGCAAAUUUUUUUGCUAGUGUUUUUUUGUGAACAUCCUUGAUCAGAUUUUUAGUUUUUUUAGUCAAGAUUUCUGAGAUAGGUUGACUAAAUACUCAAACAAGAAGCUGGCUAAAUUUCCCGAAAAAAACUGAAAGAAUUUAGAAAAAAACACAAAUGUUUUUUUGAUUUUUUUGAUGAAAAUGUUUUUUUCUGAUUUUUUUCAAGUUUUUUUAUGCACAGAUAAGUCAGGUUUCUAAGUGUUUCCCUUCAAUGCUCAAAAAAAAAAUACUACGGGAAUUCAUUUCCAGAAUAAUCCUUCAAUCUUUGAAAAAAAAAUUUCAUGAUGACAUUGAAAGUUCUCAGAAGGAAGGUAAUUGGCAGAGUCAAAAUCGCUAAGUACUACUUAGCCUGUCGACGAGUAAACUCCGAACAAAAGUUUUCACAAUCUUCAAUCCUACAAAUACUUCGAUUAUGUAUGAAGAGAUGCCUCAAGCUCAAUUUUACUUAAAAAACCACAUUUUACAUCUUUUGAUUUACUUUGUUUCCUGGUACUUCGAUUAAGACAAGAACAAAAGUGCGUUGAGAAUUCGCUUAUUCCAUAACAAGAAACAGGUUGCAUGUAGUUCAUGUACUUGAGUCCAAUUGCUUCUCUCUAGUAUUUAACCUUCUUUUCCUUCUUGUUUUUGGCCUUUAAGUCUUUGAGUUCAGUUCCUGCUACAAUCUCGGAUUUUUGAACCUCCUUCUUUUUUUUUGUAUAUGAACCCUAUAUGUUUUUUGAUUACUUGGUAUUUUUAGAAAACCGUAAAUUUGAGAAUAAGGGUGCAACUUUUCUGAAAACGACAAAAAAUCAAAAAACCUUCCAGAAUUGAAAUUCGAUUUGAAUUGAUCUGCCCUGCUUGGGAUUUUUUUUUAUUAGAACUUUUUGUUUUUUGUUGAAACUUAAUGGAAACUUGUCACAUUGCGCAUUUUCGAAAAUUAUAAUCAAUAUUUUUUUUUUUCAGGAUGCUGCGAUUGGCAAUCGUUUUAGCAAUAAGUCAGCUUGGAAUAGCUCAAAACGCCAUUGAUUUUGAUAACCCGACGGUAGAGCUUGUUUUUUUUUCUUUCAAGAAUUUGUUUAAAAAUUCAGACUUGUGGUAACGAAGGAAGCAACUGGAAACCGUGCAUCGAACGGAAAGUGGCAGAUCAGGUGUUUGGAAGUUGUUGUCAGCGUUUCGUGCCGCCAGAAUGCCGCGGACUUUGCAUUUACGAAACGAACGCUAUUGAAGCUCGAGUUGUCGUGAGUUUCAGUUUCAUUUCUUUCAUUUUGUGGUUACGAAGCAGUUUGAUAUGAUAAAAGUGGCAAAUCAAAGGGAAAAUUGUGCUUUUUGUCAAAUUCCAGUUAGCUAUCACGAAAGAUAAUUCACACUUAUUUGAAAAUUGGCUGACAUGUAAUUUCAUUUUACUUUCUGCUCGAGAAUUUUCUUGGCCAGAAUAUUUCUAAUUGUACCAGAAAAGGUUCUGAAACUCCCAAUCUGCACAAUAUCUUAUUUUUUGAUGAGUAAGGACUCUAAGCUCAGAAAUAGCAUACUUAUACGAAUUUUCAGGAUUUCCUUCGAUUUCAAGACCUGUUUUUUCGAAAGAUAAGAAGUUGGAAAAGUUGAGACUCACAGGAUCUUUAACAGCGACAUCAAGAUAUAGAAAUAUUCUCGCCGUUUCUAAAAAAUCCCCAACCGCAAAGUAAAAUGACCUCUUUCGUGAGACAAAUUUAAAGAAUACUGAGUGUAAUUUUUGGUAGUCCAAAAUGCAAAAAAUCAUUUUUCCGCAAAAUUGGAAUUCUUGUCAUUGUCUGUCAAACUCAUUUCAAUUGAGAAAAAAGUUGUUUAGUGAUGAUAAGUUAAGAAUUUCCAUUUGAAACAACCAAGAAUGUUCCAGCCGAUUUUCAGAAAGAUUUGCAGUUUGAUUGGAAUGACCUCCCUCGAUUCAGAAAAAAAAAGAGCGGAGAAACAAUUCUUUUUUCGAUGUCGCAAUGCGCAAGUCGUUCUUGGUCGUAAAACAGAGGAUAUGGCCGCUUUUCACGUAUCCACAUGCACAUGAAUUUCGGGAUCUUCCUUCUGAAAACGAGCUUUUAUAGCGCCUCCAAAUCAUAAAAUUUUCGAAAAGCAUAUUUGUUUCGUUUGUAAAAUAUCCAAAGCUGUUUGGACGCGCUGGAAAAUCUCAGCUCAAGAAGUAUUGAUCCGACAUUAAGAAAAAAAAGCAUCAAAUCUCGACAAGAAGAGGGUUUUUUUAAACCGCGACGCGACCGUUACGCACUGAAAAUAAAAAUCCAUGGCAACACGGUUUUUCUAAUUAUCAUAAAACACUCUACUGACAAGCUGGAUGAUCACCCUGUGAGUCGCGAAUUUUGUGGAAUUACGAGGAUAGACGCCUCAAAGAUCAUUUUUCAAGAUUAUGCAAGAGCAUGGAUCUUUGAAACUUUUGAGACGGGAAAUUCGCAACUUACAGGAUUUUUAAUUAGAAGGAAAGAUUUCUUAGCGCUCAGUUGAACUGUUGUUGAAAUUUUUCUAAGGUGUAUAACAGAACUUGAUGAUUUGAUACAAAAAAAGUAUAAUGCAAUUGAUUUUUAUUUGGUUCAUAAAAUUUUAGAGUCUGCAAAAUGAACAAACGAGGACAAAAAAGCGCUAAAUCAAGUUUUUGAAGCAUCUUAAUUCAAAAACCAGACCUAUUGGGGGAUUUUUUUCUUGUAUCCAAAUCAGGAGGUACUGAAGAACACUUCAGCAAAGUUCCAUCAAAAUUUUAACCCAAGUGAGCUUUUUUGAAAGGUUUUCUGGCAAGAAUUCUCAAAAAGCGAGUACGCCGACCUUUUUUGUUUGUCGACUCGAUAAAUUGAAUUUCAGCUGAUGCAUACGAUCCAACCUUCCCGAUGCAGAUUGUACAAAUAUCUGCCAGCUGUGGUCCACUGCGCCGCGCAGACGCACGACAACACCGAAUGCUGUAGAUCAAACGGCGUCGCUGACAUCGGAGAGCAGUGCCUGCAGAUGUGCCAACCUCAGGUUUCUUUUUGCGUAUUUAAAAAAAUCAGUAGAUAUGAUGCCGGAAUUAUGUUUUUUACUAGUGUUAAAAAGCGUUCAAAAGGUUAAACUCUUAAAUUUCUGACCGUCCAUCGUCGAAUUAGUUUUGAUUUUUUCUUUUAUUGGCUCAAAUAGCUCGACUUUCGACUUCUAGGAAAAUCCCAAAAAUCUUUAUCGUGCUUAUAUUCAUAAAAAGGCUUCAUUAAUUGCUUAAAAUUUGACUUUCAAACUACUCUACGGAGCUUAAAAUGUGAAAAGAUCAAGAUUUUUAGGCCGACUUUAAAAAAUAGUUAUUUGUGUUAUAAAGUUAACCAACGGGAGUGAAAGAAUUUUUCAAUCUCAUUUUGUGGAUAGGCUGAUUUAAAAAAUCAAAAAAAAAUCAAGAGAAAAAAACAAAUCCAAGUUGAAAAACGAAAAAAUGGUAGUAAUAAACAACUCAAUAUUUUGAUUUUCAUGUGAAUGAGCUCUCUUUAAAAUAACUCUUAUACAUUCACUGCGCCAUAUUUGCGAGCAAUUUCAGAGCUUUCAAAGGAGCAUCAAAAUGUGAAUGAUUUAAAAAAAAAUCAUUCAAGCCUACCUAAUCGCUAGUUUGUUCCAAAAAUCAAAGAGAGACGUCGAAAUCUUCCUGCUCGCACGUUAUUUUGAUGACCAUGGGAAGACAUUCAUUAAAUAGUCUCUCAAUUCGAUGGUGCGUGAAUCACACCUUGUUCUCAUAAAAUACAGAAAACACGACAAAAGAGCUAAAAAAAGUGUAAAAAGAUCUUUGAAUGCUUCCUUUUUUUAAAGAAACUCUUUAUUUAAAAAAAACUAAUACUUUUGAAAAAAUAAAUAAAUAAAAGCGUCUCAUUACUUAAAUUAACGAAGCAAAGGAACCAGAUGGAAAAAUUUUCUCGAGGAAUUAGUUGAUAAUCUUUUCAACUGUGAUUUUCAGAGCAAUCCUCGACGCCUUUGGGGCGUGAAAUCCUUGCGGAAAGAUAUGGUCGUUUGUCUGGCCAAGUGGGACCAAAUCAUGCAGUGUCAUCAAGCGGGACUCCGAGCACGAAAAGUUCCUCGACCUUCUCUUGUUUAA